AUGGCUCCUGGAAAGCCUGUCUCAAAGGCUGCGGUCAAUUCGCGCUCUGCCGUUGACAGUCACCGCGCCAACAACAAGUACAGUCAGAACGAGCCUUUGGAGAAGGCUAAGAUUCCGGCCAUAGCCAAGUCGAACAAAGACUCGGGGGUUGAUAAAAAGGCCACCAACCGUCCCCCUCCUCCUCCCCGGCGACCUGCGACCCAUCAACUGCCCUCUGAGGAGCAGAAGAAGGCUAACGGCCGAUUCACCGGCCGCAAGCUGGUGCAAUGGAACCGUCAGCCGGCUGCCGAGAAGUUCUUGCUCGCACUCGCCUUUGAAUGCGAGAAGAAGGGCAUAGAGUUGCCAUGGGACGAGGCCGCCCAUAGAUUCCAGCCCAAUCUCACUGGCAAUGCGGCCAAGCAAUAUGUCGCGAAGAUACCUAAGCGACACCUCGAGGAGGGACGAGUUGUCCCCCCUCGAGGGAACCUCAGACGGUUUGACAACCGAGACACCCGGGGAGUUGUCCUUGAUGAGGACACAGGCGAACCGCGGGCUGUCUCCUGGGACGAAGACAUCGAAGAGCCGGAUAAGUUUCCCGUCGAUCAGCAGACGGUCACGAUGGAAGAAGAGGAAGACGCCGCCGACGCUCUGACCCAGCAUACCUCCACGGGCCCCUCGUUCGACGACUACUGGCAACAGGGAGCAUUCCAGCAGCCGUCUUACGCUACCCAAGGAGGAUUUCCCCCCAUAGGAGGGUUUCCCCAGAUGGGAAUUCCCGAGCUCGGAGCACUCCAGAUGGGGUUUCCUUUUGCCCCCGACCAUAGCUUCAACAUGGAGCCGGCGGUGGGAUCACAGCCAUUCAGUAGCUACGCAGAGCUUCCUGGUGCACACCAGUUCUCUUCGCAACCCAGCACGACGGUUGGCGCCCCCAAUCUGACACGGGCAGAGGAAGCUGUCGAGAACGAUGGCGAAGGACAGGGCGUGGUCGAUUACGAAACUUUUUUCAGUGAUCAGCUGCCGGGAGAUGAACACAAGUUCUGCAACUGA